GCUCAGGCUGGGCAAGGCAGGAGAGGGUGGAGGGGCGUCUGCAGGAGCAGGCAUCCUCCAGGGCCCCGAGAAUCCACAGGCAGCUCCCCCAGCUGCUGGGAAGGGCUCUGGACACCUUCAGCUCUUCUUGCCUGCUCUCCAAGGCUCAAGCUAGAAGCUCCCGGCGUUUGCUUGCUGAGUUGGCGACAGCCACAGAGCUGGUUCCCCCGGGGACCCCCUGCCUGUCUUCUUGCCGCCCCCCAGCAUGGAGGGAGGUGUUGAUUUUGACAACGACUAUGUGGCAGACAACCAGUCUGAGUGUGAGUACACGGAAUGGACAUCCUCGGGGGCCCUCAUUCCUGCCAUCUACAUGCUGGUCUUUCUCCUGGGCACCACGGGCAACGGCCUGGUGCUCUGGACAGUGUUCCGAAGCAGCCGGGAGAAGAGGCGUUCUGCCGACAUCUUCAUCUCCAGCCUGGCGGUGGCCGAUCUGACUUUCGUGGUGACCCUGCCGCUGUGGGCCACCUACACGUACCGGCACUACGACUGGCCCUUUGGCACCUUCGCCUGCAAGCUCAGCAGCUAUCUCAUCUUCGUGAACAUGUACGCCAGCGUCUUCUGCCUCACCGGCCUCAGCUUCGACCGCUACCUGGCCAUUGUGAGGCCGGUGGCCAACGCGCGGCUGCGGCUGCGGGUGAGCGGGGCCGUGGCCACGGCCGUCCUGUGGGUGCUGGCCGCCCUCCUGGCCAUGCCGGUCAUGGUGUUCCGCGCCACCGCCCCCACAGUGUUCCCCGAAAACGUCACGAAGGUCCAGUGCUACAUGGACUACUCCAUGGUGGCCACUCCCAGCUCGGAGUGGGCCUGGGAGGUGGGCCUGGGGGUCUCGUCCACGGCCCUGGGCUUCGUGGUGCCCUUCACGGUCAUGCUGACCUGCUACUUCUUCAUCGCGCAGACCAUCGCCGGCCACUUCCGCAAGGAGCGCAUCGAGGGCCUGCGCAAGCGGCGCCGGCUGCUCAGCAUCAUCGUGGUGCUGGUGGUGACCUUCGCCCUGUGCUGGAUGCCCUACCACCUGGUGAAGACGCUCUACAUGCUGGGCAGCCUGCUGCACUGGCCCUGCGGCUUCGACCUCUUCCUCAUGAACGUCUUUCCCUACUGCACCUGCGUCAGCUAUGUCAACAGCUGCCUGAACCCCUUCCUCUACGCCUUCUUCGACCCCCGCUUCCGCCAGGCCUGCACCUCCAUGCUCUGUGGGGGCGCCUCCCACAGCAGCAGCGGGGAGAAGUCGGCCAGCUACUCCUCGGGGCACAGCCAGGGGCUGGGGCCCAACACGGGGAAGGGCGGAGAGCAGACCCAGGAGAAAUCCAUCCCCUACAGCCAAGAGACCCUUGUGGUUGACUAGGGUGGGGAUCUCAGAGAGCCUGGUGCCCUCCGCCCCAGCCCCUGCCCUUGCUCUCCGAA